AUGAAGCUCACGUUCAAGGACCUGAAGCAGGAGAAGUUUGUCAUUGAUGUCGAACCUUCUGAGACUGUUCGCGAGGUCAAGGUCAAAAUCGCCCAAGAGAAAGGCGAGUAUGAAGCAGAGCGCAUGAAGGUUAUCUACUCCGGAAAGAUCCUUCAAGAUGACAAGACCGUUGAAUCCUACAACAUCCAAGAGAAGGACUUCCUAGUGUGUUUGCCUUCAAAGCAACCCAAGGCCCCCGCCCCAUCCUCCCAAGUGCCUUCGACCCCGGCUGCCCGAGCUCCCGUGUCAACACCUGCUGCUCCUCCAGCUCCCCAGGCUGCGACUGCUCCUCCUCCCUCUGCAGUUCCUGCUACUCCCUCACCGGCUGGUGCGGCUCCAUCUACUGGACCCGCCUUCGGAGAUCCUUCCGCUCUCGCCAUGGGCUCUGCCGCUGAAGGCGCAGUUGUCCAGAUGGAGGCAAUGGGUUUCGCACGCACUGAUAUCGACCGUGCCAUGCGGGCCGCAUUCUACAACCCCGACCGUGCUAUCGAAUACCUUUUGACUGGAAUUCCCGAUAAUAUCCAGGAACAGCAGCAACAACAGAGACAAGCCUCAGAGCCAGCCCCUACUGGCGCUGCUCCUGCUGCCCCUACCGGGGGCGAUGAGCACCUGAACCUUUUCGAAGCCGCUGCCCAGGCAGGUGGUGAAGGCGGUGGUCGUUCUCGUGGCGCUGGUGCUGGUGCUGGUGCCGGUGCUGCUGGUGGCGAGGCUCUUGGUAAUCUUGAGUUCCUCCGCAGCAACCCCCAUUUCCAGCAGCUUCGCCAGCUUGUGCAACAACAGCCCCACAUGCUUGAGCCUAUCCUGCAGCAGGUCGCCGCUGGGAAUCCCCAAAUUGCUUCGCUCAUUGGACAGAACUCCGAUCAGUUCCUGCAGCUCCUCGGCGAGGAACUCGAGGACGAGGAGGGUGCUCUUCCCCCUGGCGCGCAGGCAAUCUCGGUUACGGAAGAAGAGCGCGAUGCUAUUGAGCGUCUGUGCCGUCUGGGCUUCCCCCGCGACUCGGUCAUCCAGGCAUACUUUGCCUGCGACAAGAACGAGGAGCUGGCCGCCAACUUCCUCUUUGAUCAGCCUGAUGAGGACGAGGACUAA